AUGGUGCUCGCGCAGCUGGGCAGGAGCAUCUCCCGCGCGCUUGCGCGGAUGGGCAAUGCCACAGUGAUCGACGAGAAGGUGCUUAGGGAGUGCCUCAACGAGAUCUCCCCCGUGCUCUUGCAGUCUGGCAUCCGGAAGAUCGUCAACCUCGAGACCCUCGCCGCCGGCACCAACAAGCUGUGCAUCAUACAGCAGGCUGUCUUCACGGACCUCUGCAACAUGCUAGAUCCAGGGAAGCCGGUCUUCACCCCCAAGAAAGGCAAGCCCAAUGUCGUCAUGUUUGUCGGAUUGCAGGGCCAGUCUGACUCACCAACCAACCUCGCCUGCUUGCUCUGUUUAUUGUUCUACACCUAUUACUGA